ACAAUUUAUAUUAGAGUAGAAAAACUGAGAGUUGAAAACUGUACUUAAAUAUAGUUAAGUUACGAGGUUUCCUAUUAUUUUCUUAUUAGAAGUCAAAAUUUGACUCGGUUUCUAGAAAAUAUGCAUUUAAUACGGCAUAGAAUAUGAACCCAAAGUAAAGCCAGGGAGAAAAAAUGGAAGUUACAAGUGGUGCAGAGGAAGGUUUUGUACGAGAAUGGACACCUUGUUCACAUAUUUUGAGCUUGAUACCACCAAAAAUCCAAAAUGGAAUAUUUUCUAAUGAACUGUGCUUGACCUGUGUUGAUGCUGUUAGUGAAUACAUAGCUUUAGGAACGAAUGUGGGACUGGUGUAUUGGUAUGAUAGGAAAAAAGGCAAUAUACAACGACUUCGCUGUGAGGCCUCUACAUCCCCCAUAACCUUUGUAAAGAUAGUAAGCACAGUGGAUUAUAUGGUUGGAGCAGGUAAUGCAACAGGACAAGUUACAGUAUUUCAAAUUCCUAAAGAGCACCCUGAAAAUGUUCCUGAUACUUUUAAGCCUAAAGUAGAACCCAAAGUUGAAAGGUAUACUAUUGGAGACCUACAUAAAAGUAAAAUAACUUCAAUUGAAUGGUCUAAAAAUGGGAUGAGACUGUUUUCUGGUGACAAAGACGGUGUAAUUAUUAUGACUGAAAUUGAUUUUUACAUGCACUUAUGCAAGUCAAUGGAGAUAGUGAAUGAACAACAUGAGAUUGUACAAAUGAGUUACUAUCAAAACACUUUAUUAGUGUCGAGCAAGUACCGCAGCAUAGUGUGUGAACGACGAGACAACCGGUGGCACGUCAACCAACUGGGCAAAAAAGAAAGAAAAAGUUUGUGCUCCUUGGGCGCGGUUUUCCAGUACUCAUAUGCGCAGGGCGGAGCUGCAAACGCAUACUGCGCACGCGCAGGUCUGAGGCUUUGGCGAGCCGAUCGGGCCGGAAAUGUUCUUCAGACAUUGUUAUUCAAGGAAGCCAUCUCUAACCCUCUAACAGUGGCGGAGCUGCUGAACCCGUCCCAGAAGAAGCACAGUCACUCGGAGAAGGAGUACAACUUUGGUCCCUUACACGUGUUCCGCGAAAAUUUUUUGGUCUCACACAACGAACACUUCCUCUAUGUGUUGGACCCGAGGUCGCUCACCGCCGUGGCUGUCGUUGACGAUCUUAGACGUAUCCUGUCGGUAUCCGUGAACAAGGAAGAAAUUUUCAUCCUGGAAGGGGAGAGGUCUCUUGUGCGUCUGGCACAUAAGCCAGAGCCAGCGACGCUUGCGCAAGACGAGCCGAUAAUGUCCAAAUCGCUCACAACGCUCCAGCAAGCGGUGAAUACAGUCUAUGACCUCACACACAUCGAUCAAGCAGUACCCUACGUCACGAGCGUUCUCGAACAGCCCAUAGCCAUGUUCACGCGCAACGAGACUAUAGACAACGUACCGAACGGAGAAGAAUGUUUCGAACUCCCGCCAAUAAAGCAUCUACCGCGUGACAUAUCUGACAAUGUUCUAGAAUCUAUUAUAAACGAGUUUAGGGACGUGUCAAGUGAUGUAGAAGAAAUAAGGCGGGUUAAAUCUGAGGAGCUGCAAAGGAAGUUGAAGUUGUAUAAUAGCAUAAUGGAGAAAAAGUAUGACGAUGAGCUGAUACAUAGUAGGCGCAGUCGGAGGAGGGAUGCAGGGUCCGGUGGCAGUACCCCAAGGUUGAUGACCCCAGUACGAAGCCGGUCUAGGAGCAGAGAUGUCAGCUACACCAGUCCUUGUGUAAUGAAUGUUAGUAUAUAUGGGAACAAUCUAGAUCAAAACGAUGAACAACUCGAGAAGCAAAUAGAAGAAAAAGAGAAGAUAUUAGCGAAAAUGCUGAACUUAGAAUCUCUUAGUAUCAAGAGUCUUGACAGCAAUGUAACCUACGAGGAUCCAAUCUACAAACCAAUAGAUACAAAAGACAGUAAAUUUAUGGUCAAAGAUGUCAAUAAAACUAUAGACGAUAAGAAAGAAAUACAAGAUAUUAACAAGCCCAUAGAUAACAAAACACAGAUUAAAAAAGUUGAUACGAAAGUGGAAAAACCAAUGAGUAAAGUCGACAAAAUAACAGAUUUGGUUCCUAAAGUAAUGCAGUUGCCGAAUAAUUGGAAUUUGGAGAGUAUUGAGCUAAGAUUAGAAAUGAAAAAUGGAGCUAAAGACGGCUUAAAUCUGCUCUCUCCUGACGACCAUUUGGAUAGCGAAUGGGAGGUAAUUUAGAAUUUGAUUUUAAUUUGAUAUGUGUGGUCAAAUCUGGGACCACAUAACAGAAACAAUUAUGACUAGAUUUAACACGAGUAUUGCCAUCGCAGUAAUGAUUUCUAGAUCUUAUGAUUUUUAUUAACUUUAAAUUUAUUGACUAAGUAUAUGAAACAAUUUUUUUAUAUGUUAAUGCGUGUUUUAAAUGGUGUUAUGAAUAUAAUAAAUCAAAAUGAAUAUAUAUAAAUUCACUUAGUAAAUUCACACGGGUUUCAAAUAUAUACAGACUGCACAAAAAAAACUGCAAUAUAUUGUGCCAUGCCCAAGUAACCCAAAUAAUAAUAAUAUUUACUUAUAAUAAUUGACAUAAUAUUUACAAUGUAUAGAAGUAGGCAUUCAUAGUUAAUUAAACCUAAUCAUCACACGCGUAUUGUACGCAAGUAAUUUUAUAUGACGUAAACGAAUGUGCAUUUAUAAGAGGCUCUUAAAAAUAAGCUACCAGGACUAAACGUUGGUGGGUAAAAAAGGAACAAAUUUUCAAAGAAUAUUUGAAGUAUCGUUCAGUUACAACCUUUUUAAAACUGUUACGCUAUACACUCAUUAGUAUUAUAUUCAAGGAAGCAACACAGUGUAGGAGUCACCGCUUGAAUGCAAAGAAACUUGACAGCCUGUUCAUAAUUAAAACUAACAGUUUAUUCCAGAAAAGCGUUUAAUUAAUUGUAGUUAAUAUAAAAAUAAUUUACUCCUGAUUGAUAUUUUGAGUAUUGACAUAUAUGUAUUUGAAAUGUCGAUUGUCAACAUUUAUUUUUUUGCUUUAACAUAAGAUCGCAUAACAUCGCGUAAAAAUAGAUAAUUAAUAUAUUAUAAUAGCUCUCACAUUCCUGGUAUUAAAAUUGCCUUUUUUCAUUUGAUCUGUAUUGAUUAUGUUUUAUAUAUCUAUGAUUUUAAGUAUCUCAAAUGUAUUAUUAUAAGUAUUAAAUUCGAAAAUCAAUAUGUGUAUAGAUUAAUAUUUAUUCAAGAAAAUUAUAAAGAUUUAAAAUCUUGUUUGACUUAAGUUUAAUUCAGUGAAACCCGCUUCAUAAAUCGCUAUAACCUCAAGAAGGAAAUAAUAAUGCUUGCUCGCUUUUAUGACAUGUCGUCUUAAACGGGUUUCAGUGUGUUUUAUAUUUUGCAAUCUUAUGAUUAUUGGAAUCUCUUUUGAAAAGUAUUUUUUAUACAUAGGCUAUAAAGAAACUAUUGGCUUGUUUGUACUGAAAUUUUCAGAAAAUAUUUUCCUUUAAGUGUAGGAAUAUUAAUCAUAUUAUAUUUGUAUAAUUUUUUCCUAAUUAUAUUUUCCGCUAUCCGAAAGUAAUACAGUAAAAGGUUCAUUAUUUACUUGUAGUUCUUUGGAGAUAAUUCUUUAGAGUUGUAAUGUUAUCUCAAUAAUUAAUAAUACUUGCAUUAAUAAUUUAGAAGUGUGUUAUUGGAGUGUCAAUCAAACACUCAAACUUUUAUUUUUUUACUAUGACGAAUCAUGAUAUUAUUAUUUUUUUCAAAUAUAAGUAAAGCACUAUAUAUCAAUAAAGAAUUGCCUUAA